AUGGACCAUUUGACAGGCUCGGGUGUACACACGCCUACAAGACAAGUAAAACUCCUCCGUAUCGGGAAUAUCAUAUCGUUCUUGCUUGCCACUGGCAUUCAUCUCGCCGCAAUACUCGUCUUUUCACCGAGUAUUGGUACUAUCAUCGACGACAAUUUCUGUUUCUUCACUCCAGAAAAAUCGUUUAUAUAUGUAUUCUGGGGAUUAUAUUAUCUGUCGGCGUUUGGAUUCGUUUUCUAUGCUCAGUUGAUCGACGAAGAAUAUGCUCAAAGAAUUGUAAAGGGAGUAAUUGGACCGUGGUUUAUUGUUUCUAACCUGCUUUUGGUUGGUUGGGUCCGAUCUUGGCUCGCGGAAGACUUCGACUGGGCUUUUCUUCUCUCAAUCAUUAACUCUGCUAUCGCAGCCUUCGUCCAUCGCAAACUCUUCCGCUUCUUUCCCCUAUACAGUCUUCCUAUCCACUAUCGCAUUGCCAACAUCUGGUUGAUUUUUGUUCCAUUCUCCAUACUCGUUGCGAAUUGGUUCUUUUUCGUAAUAUACACUGGAUUCCUCGCGCUUUACAAUUUCGACGGUUAUAUGGACGGUUAUAUAGACGGUUAUGUGGCUACGGUGUUUCUAGUAAUUUAUGCGAUUAUAGGUUGGGGUUGGAUCGGAUUCGGCUGGUUUACUCGAGGAAACAGAGACGGAUUUUUUGGCAUUUCGGCUGCUUGGCUGUUUUCUGCAGUUGCUUUCCAACAGCGAGAUAUCUUCCCUUUCUCUGCACUAGCAGGGAUCCUAUCGAUCUCGAUGUUUGGAGCUAUUUUUAUCGUCUUCCUUAGGGAUGGAGGCUCGUUCACUCAGGCAUUAUAUUCUAAUCGAGAUUCUACUGCCGAAGAAAGGGAGCCGUUGACUGAAUCAUGA